AUGCCGUGUAUUAGUUCCGUUACAGCCCCGUCAUACGCCGUUAUCCCAUUCACCCUCACCUCUUCAAAAUCAUCUCCAAAUUUUCCACCAACAAAAAUCUUCACUAAACAAAACCCUAAGCCACUACUCCAAUCAAAAUCUCAUCGAAGAGUUCUGGUAAAAGCAACCGUUAUAGAGAAGGAAACUCCCGAAGCUGAACGACCGGACACGUUUCUCCGCGGCGGCGAUGGCGAUGGCGACGGCGGUGUGUCUUCCGUUAGGGUUCGAUUCGAGAAGAUGAUAAGAGAAGCGCAGGAUAGUGUUUGUAAUGCGAUUGAAGCUGCUGAUGGUGGUGGAAAGUUUAGAGAAGAUGUUUGGUCUAGACCGGGUGGUGGCGGUGGGAUUAGUAGGGUUCUUCAAGAUGGUGAUGUUUGGGAGAAAGCUGGUGUUAAUGUUUCUGUUGUUUAUGGUCAAAUGCCUCCUGAUGCUUAUCGUGCUGCUAAAGGUGCUUCUAGUACUGAUCAGAAGCCUGGUCCUAUUCCCUUUUUUGCUGCCGGAAUCAGCUCUGUUUUACAUCCAAAGAACCCAUUUGCCCCGACCUUGCAUUUCAAUUAUCGCUAUUUUGAAACUGAUGCCCCUAAAGAUGCUCCUGGAGCACCUAGACAAUGGUGGUUCGGUGGGGGAACCGACUUAACCCCUGCUUACAUUUUUGAAGAGGAUGUGAAGCACUUCCACUCAAUUCAAAAACAGACUUGUGACAAAUUUGAUCCUACAUUUUAUCCCCGAUUCAAGAAAUGGUGUGACGAUUACUUCUAUAUCAAGCAUCGAGAUGAAAGGAGAGGGCUUGGAGGUAUAUUUUUUGAUGAUCUGAAUGAUUAUGAUCAGGAGAUGCUCCUUUCCUUCGCUACCGAAUGUGCAAACUCUGUUAUUCCCGCUUACAUACCUAUCAUAGAGAAAAGGAAGGAUUUACCCUUUACAGAACAUCAGAAAGCAUGGCAACAAUUGCGAAGGGGACGAUAUGUUGAAUUCAAUUUGGUAUAUGACAGGGGUACAACAUUUGGACUGAAAACUGGUGGGAGAAUAGAGAGUAUUCUUGUUUCUCUCCCACUGACUUCUCGGUGGGAAUAUGAUCAUAAACCAGAAGUAGGAAGCGAAGAAUGGAAACUCUUAGAUGCGUGCAUCAACCCUAAGGAAUGGAUCUAA